UCUACCGACCAGUAACUUUUCUCCUCCUUUCUUGUGGCACUUAAUGGCAUGGAGUGUUUUGUGCUGAUUUAAUUAAUAAGCCUGACUGAGUAUUGCCUUGUGACGGAUAAUCCUAACCCGAUGACUAUAGAAAGCUUUCGCUGCUUUUUCUCUCAACAGCACAGAUCUUGGUUACAGCCUGUCCAUCCGUCCUGCUUUAUUAACACCUUGACUUGCUUUUCGUAGCUGAAGACAAACCAGCACUUGUACCACUAUUCAGCGCUCCUUGCGUGAAGACAGAAGAAGUCAAAUGUCAGAGAUAACUGGAACCUAUCGCAUUGUCUCUGAGGAGGAACAGUCUCUCAGGGCCAAGCUUGAACGGCUCACUACUAAAGACCAUGGCUCAGUCUUUGGUAAAUGCGGGAAGUUGCCAGAGUACACCGUGCAGAAGGCCAAAGAUGAAUUAAACGAGACAGAAGAGAAGAGAGAAUCAGCUUUGAAAGACCUCCGGGCGCUGGUUCAGGAGAAGGCCAACGCAGGGGGGGAGCUUUGCAAAGCAGUGGCCGAGAAAGUCAAAGACAAGGAAGAUGGCUUCUUCCUCAGGUUCAUUCGAGCCCGGAAGUUUGAUGUGAGCAGAGCCUAUGAACUCCUGAAAGGAUAUGUAAACUUCCGGCAGCAGUACCCAGAACUCUUUGAGCACCUGACACCCGAGGCGGUGAGGAGCACUAUCGAGGCCGGAUAUCCAGGAAUCUUGACCAGCAGAGAUAAGCACGGCAGAGUUAUCCUCCUCUUUAACAUUGAAAAUUGGGACUAUGAAGAGAUCACCUUUGAUGAGAUCCUGCGAGCUUACUGCAUUAUACUGGAGAACUUGCUGGAAAAUGAGGAGACUCAGAUCAAUGGCUUCUGCAUUAUUGAGAAUUUCAAAGGAUUCACCGUGCAGCAAGCAUCAGGCAUAAAGCCAUCCGAGCUGAAGAAAAUGGUGGACAUGCUACAGGACUCGUUCCCAGCCAGAUUUAAGGCUGUGCACUUUAUCCAUCAGCCCUGGUACUUCACUACCACAUACAAUGUUGUGAAACCUUUCCUGAAGAGCAAGCUACUGGAGAGGGUGUUUGUGCACGGAGACGACCUGGAAGGCUUUUACAAAGAAAUCGAUGCUGACAUCUUGCCAGCAGACUUCGGAGGGAAUCUGCCAAAAUAUGACGGAAAGAUUAUCGCUGAGGAACUUUUUGGGCCACGCAAUGAAUCAGAAGACACGGCUCUUUAAAGUGAAAUGUAUGUUUUAAUCCCAUGGUUGCUUAGUUCUAGCUCCGUCAAUGUUAAUUAAGCCCUUACUAUUCCCUCCUAGAUGUAUAUACAGUAUCUAUUUUUUUGUAAGAAUGCGUCCUUCCGCUCUUUGUCCUGUGAUAUACAAUGCACAGCCAAACAGUACGGCUAUAAUAAUACAUUACUAUAGAGAAAUUAUAUUUUGUAUUAGGGGGUAGUUAUAUCUUUCAGCAUUUCCUAUAGACCAAUUUAAUCAGACUUGCAAACCCUAUGCCCACCCAGACUAGCCCACUUUUAACCUUAUUCCACCCCUACCAGUAAACCAGGGAAUUAGGGACUGCAAUGGAAAUGUGGGGCAGCUGGCAGGUAUGAUGAGUUCUAAACAUUAAGGGGCCCGUUCAUGAAACUAUUCAUAAUGGUGAUUAAAUACACCAAACAUGGACUUCUAAUCCUCAGGCAUCACCAUGUAAAAAAACAAUGUAUUUGUCAAGCUGUUUCUGCAUAAGAUUUUGGCAUCAAAACCAAUGGCGAUGGGUUACAACAUAAAAUAAUGGCUUAUAAUAAUGGGGCUAAAGAUGGUGAUUGGGAGGCAUAAAAGACAAGGCACUCAUUUUUUUACCCUUUCUCCAGUGGAAAUAAUAUUAUACAGCAUUAUAAAUAAGCCCCGAAGUGUCGCAAUCAAGGAUGUCCUUAUAUAGAUCCUAUGGUUCUCCAGCAGGGUCUCUGACUUAAGUGUAAUUUCAAUAUUUGCUUUCAAAUCUAAUCUUCUUACUCAAGGUUUGGGGAUCAGUGGGCCACUACAGCAGACUCCUUUUUUGCAUAAAACAGAAAUGUCUACCUCUGGGAUAUUACAUCAAAAUGAUCGUCAUCCACCCAACAGCUGGAUAAUGGAUAUGACAGUUGUACUUGAUCUCAGUACAUCCCUGGUAUAAAAUAAUCUAAGGGAAACAUUAGCCAUGAUACAUACAGUGUUGCUCAAACAAUUUAUUCUACAGGUCUUACAAAUAUUUUUAUUUAGUCAUGAACUGGAAUAAAAGUAUUAUAUUCAA